AACAAAGGCAGUGCGGAAGGUAGGGUCGGCUGUGGAGGAGCGUUGGCCGUCGGUGGUGGUGCAAGCGUUCGAUCCGUCUGUUGGAAUCGCAACGGAAUAAAGGCGCAGUCAGCGGAGGCUGGGCGUUCUGCUAAGCCGAGGAUGCCGUUCUUGGGACAAGAUUGGCGUUCCCCGGGAGGGUGCUGGGUGAAAUCCGAGAACGGCUGGAAGCGCUCGCAGUUUUACCGGGAAGAGGAGAGUCACCGGGGAAAGCAGCUGUGCCCACGAUUGCAAGAAGAGAGCAAUGAAAAUAAAAUUGUUGAAGACUGUGAGGUAAUAGCAAAAAAGAGGAAGAAGGAUCACUUUAAUAUCAACACACGAAAUGAAUUGAUUGAGGACCAGCAGAAUCCUCGACUAAUCAAAAACCUUCUGCAGGAUCUGGGUUCUGUACUUUGUAUCCUGAUCCGUGAGGUGGGAAGGUGUGUCCUUGUUGGGAAUGUUAAUAUCUGGGUUUACCGUAUGGAAACCAUCCUGGACUGGCAACACCAGCUAAAUAAUCUGAAGAUUACCAGGAGAAUAUGUAAUGGUGUGACACUGAGUGACCUUCCACUUCACAUGCAGAGAAGCAUUCUGCACAGGUUUUCUGAUGGCCUGGACAUUAUCAGCUUGGGACAGGUGACUUCCACUCUGCACAUGCUCAGUGAAGACAGACAUCUGUGGAAAAAGCUUUGCCAAUACCACUUUGCAGAAAAGCAGUUUUGCAGACACUUGAUUUUGACUGAGAACGGUUGUGUUGACUGGAAGCUGAUGUAUUUCACACUUCAGAAGUACUGUCCAAAAAAAGAGCAAUAUGGAGAUGUUCUUCAGUUCUGUCGCCAUUGCAGUAUUUUGUUCUGGAAGGACACAGGCCAUCCAUGUACAGCCAACAAUCCUGAAAGUUGCUGUACACCAGUGUCGCCUCAGCACUUCAUCGAUCUCUUUAAAUUUUAAAUGGAACUACUGAUACUUUAAGGCAUUUAUUUUAGAUGGCCCUGAUCAGUUCUCAUAGGAGAGCAACCAAUCUGCUUCCUUUCCUUGUGCAAUAUAAUUUUCUUUAAUGGGGAAAAGUUUUUUAUAUAAAAAUAUCCAUAUGAAAUAUUGCCAAAAUUAGUUAAAAAUAAUGUAGGGCGUUUAUUGUUUCUUUAAAUAUAAAAGAAUAUAACUCUUCCAAACGUCUGCAUGUUUUGAUUCUUGAUUUGUUUUAAUAACAUUACAAUUUCAGUUUCAACAUUUUUGUGCAUAAUAAUCACAUUUCAGGCUAAAAGUAUCUAAGUGAAGCAAUUAUUUUUGGCUUUUUUUAGCAAAAGGAUUAGAGUUCUAUCAUUUUAAAACACAAUGCACUUUUGUUUAGCUGACUUCUGGAUAAAGCAUUGGGCCCUAAACAGCAUUUAAGUUGCAGUAGUAUGAGGAUAAACUGUUACUGCUUUGAUUCAUUGUGUAUUUAAUAUUUUUAAAAAAUGUAUAACAUAAUGAAGUGCAUUAUUUUGUUAUAUCAUUCCAGCCGCUUGUAAUGUUGCUGGGCUUGGUGAUCCUAAGUACCAUAUUGUGACAAGUUUGAGAUGCAUAUUAAUUUUUAAUAAAAUCUUUAUCUAAAUUUAUAAUAUUUUGCAACACCAGUAAUGUACUGUCAGAACUUUGCCAUGUAGAUAUUUUGGAUGGUGGGAGGAAAUAAAGAACCUUGCUGCAUUUUGUUCAAUCUAUUCAUUUUUGAUGCCAUAUUAAGAUUGAAAUCUUGAUCUGCCCCAUAAAUAUUGUAACACAUGUUG